AUGAGUGAAAGUAAUUACGUUUUUAGACGGGUAAAGUUACCAGCAAGGGGGGAUAAACUUAGUUCUCCUUUUCAAAAGUUUGAUACUUCUGUACCAAAGAAGCAAUUAACUGUUGUUGGAAAACAAACUGGAUUAAAUAAAAAUAUUAAAACAAAAGGUGGUAUUACUGCAGCAGAUCUUCAAAGUGCAAAAUUAUCUGCGUUGCCACCAACAAAUUAUAUUGAUGAAAAAUUUAAAGAGAUUUCAGCAUUAUUUGAUAUUUCACCAAAUGAAUCAAAUGAAUUAUCGUAUGAAACUAAAUGGUUACUUCUUCAAAGACACAGUCCUGACGCUUCUCAAAGUAAAUUAAGAAAUGCUACAUUUGCAGUUUCUUCUUUAAGAUGUGAACCAACACCAACAUUGAUUGAAUCAAUUAUUGUUUUUUUAAAAAAUGAAAAAUGGUCAUCACAGUUUAUUGAAGCAGAUGGAGUAGAAGCAUUAAUUGAUGCAUUAACUUCUUCAAUGAAUGGUUCAGAAAAAAAGAAUGGAGCUGAAGUAUCAAGAAACUGUCUUAGAGCAUUAAGAACUAUUGCACCUAUAGCAGAAGAUAGAGUAGUUAAAUCAACAGUAUGUGAUUUAUUAAUGAAAUGUUUGACAGUUAAUGUAGCAGAUGAAAGAAUUAGAACUGAAGCCACUAUGUUAUUAUGUUUAAUUUCUAAUAAGAAGAAAGGAAGUGAGGAAGUUUUAGCUGCAAUUGAUAAGGUUAAAGGUAAAGAAGGUCGAUUUAAAAUUCUUGUAGAGUUAUUUGGAAAGACUGAUGAUAGUGAAUUAAAAGCAACUAUUGUAGCUAUGUUUUCAUAUUUAACAAAUAAUGCUGAUGAUAUUUUUACUCGUAUCUCAAGACGUGCAGAAUUAACAUUAAGUGGGUUUGAUGAAAAGUGUAAUGGAGAAAAGUCUAAAGCAUCACUUGCAAUGAGCAAAGAUGUUUCUGAUAUUUUAAACCAAAUUGGAAUAUAUGAAAAGUUAAGAGGAGAAGAUGACGCUAAAAUGAAAGAAAGAUUUAAAGAUAUUCCAAUGUUAAGUGUAGAACAUACUGACGAAAAACUUAGAGGAGUAUUAGAACAAGCAAGAGCAGAAAUAUAUUAUGUUCAGAUGUUAAAAGAAAUUGAAUUUCUUGUUGGAACUGAUUACACAAAAAAUAAAAAUGAAACUAUCUUGCAACAAAAAUUAGUUGUAGCUACUAGAUUCAUUAGACAACUUGGUCUUUAUUCAUAUGAAAAUGACCAACAUAAUACCAUUGAGUUUAAUGAGCAUUCAAUAGAUAUUAAUUCUUUAGUCUCAGGAGCUGCAGAUUGUCUUGGAAUGGCAAAGUUAUUGGAAGAAAACGCUACACUAAAAUUAAGUGGAGGAGUAAAGAAGACAAAAAUCGAUGAUGAAGAGAAAGAGAAAUUAAUUCAACAAAAAAUGGAAGAAAUGAAAAAACAAUCUUCCUUGAUUGCUGCAAAUGAAGAGAAAGUAACACUAAAAUUAAAAGAAGUAGAAGAAAAAGAAAAAAAAAUCGCCUUGUUAGAGUCAAGUCAAGCGGCUUUAGAUGGAUUGAAAAUCAAGUAUGACGAACUUAACGUACAACAUAAUAACACAAUGGAAGUCAUGAAAAUUCUUACUAAAAAUCCUAAACUAGUUGAUCAUUUAAAGGCUACAGAUUAA